AUGAGACAAUGUCGCUGGAUGGAAACAUUGAAUGAUUAUGAUUGUGAGAUUCGCUAUCAUCCCGGCAAAGCAAAUGCAGUUGCUGAUGGGUUGAGUUGCAAGGAAAGGGUUAAGCCAAUACAGAUUAACGCCAAGAGCAUUGAGCUCAGAAACAGCUUGAAUGAAAAGCUAGUGGAUGUGCAGAAACAAGUCUUGUUGGAGGCUAACCUUCCUAGUGAAGGAUUGGGUGGAACUGUUGAUCAGUUGUCACGAGGAAAAGAUGGAAUGCUUAGAUUCAAUGCUCGAAUCUGGGUUCCAAUCUUAGGAGGACUUAGAGAUCUAAUCCUCCAGGAAGCGCAUAAUUUCAAAUACUCUGUUCACCCUAGAGGUGACAAGAUGUAUCAAGAUCUAAAGAGGAACUAUUGGUAG